AUAAAAGAAAUAUUUGUUAGCACCAAACAAGGCUUGUUAAUAUUUAAUAAAUAUUUCUUAGACGAAUUUGUCGGUAGAGGGCUACACACGAGCCUGUAGUGGUGUACAAGUAUUAAAAAAGCUAUAUGUGUGUGUCGUUGCGACGUCAUAUUGUUUACUCCGUUCUAGCUUGCAUUGUUGGUUAAACGUAACCUACAACUGAAGCUCUCAUAUACUUAAAUAAUAUUUAUAUCAGACGUGUUUUGUAAAUUGUCAUCCAUAUUAUAACUAUGAAAAUAUGGAAGCCUUGUUAAUUUUAUUCAGUUCAAUUUUAAUCAAAUAUAAAACCAUUAAAAACACAUGUACUAUCAAACGGAUUUUAUGUUAUUUCUCAGCGUAAUUUAAUAUAAGAAAUUUUAAUUUGUUUAUUCUAGUUAUAGUGUUAAUUACUAUGAAAUUGUAUUUUGAAAUUAAAAGAACAGAAAAUUUUAUACGAUGGUUGUUUUAGUUAUUUUUGUUUAUAAAUACAAAUAUUAAUGAAUGUGUGUAGCUGCAUGCAAAAACAUAUAUAGAUAUAUAUUCUUGAACUGUGUUCAACAAUUAACUACAAAUACUCAUGGGAGGCACGUUAAUGUAACUCAUGGCAGUAAUGAGGAAGUACAGAACAAUAAUAACAAUGAAACAAUAGAAAAAUUAAUGGAGGAAAAUAGGCAAUUAAAUGACGAAAUGCAACCAAUGCCCCGUCAACGACAUUCUGAUGAUAAUAAUGAAGAUCUCCAACGACUACAACGACAACAAGAACAACAAUUACAAGAGCAACGACUAAAACAGCGAUUAGAAGAAGUGCUACGACAAUGACAAAAACAACGACAAGAACAACAAUUAGCAGAUCAAUGACGACAACAGCGAUUAAAAGAACUACAAAGGCAACAGAAACUAAGACAAGUCAAGGAAUUAGAAGAACAUCGGCGACGACAACGAUUAGUAGAACAACUUCGGCAGCAACUACAACACGCCGAAGAUAAAGAAGAUCAGCGCAUAAUUGACCCAGUUCACAUUGGAGGACAAAUAUACGUUUCUAGCCUUUCACAUAUCGAAGCAUUUAGACAGUAUAAACCAUCAAAAUUUAUAACGGUAAUGUCACAUGCAAUUUGGGGGUAUCGAAAUUUGGCUCUUCGAGCGGUUAAAAUUACUAAAAGAAACCAAAAUAAAUUGCCAUUAACACCUGAAAAGAGAGUGGUCCUGGAACACCAAUAUCAUAAAUUUCUAAAAAAAAAAGAAAUUUAUCUAACGAGAUGGUCAUCAUGGAACGAAAUAACAUUAAUACGUAUUUAAGACGUUCUAUUACAAGUGCAGAAAAGAAAGCAAUGGGAUCAGGAUAAUGCAUGUAAUAUGGAGAUUUAAGUUGAAACAAAUACAGAUACUGAAAUACUCGAUUUACUAAUUUGCUCAUAAAUAAUAAGUAGAUCCUUACCGAUUUCCAGCUACAAAAUACAAAAAAAUAACAGUUAUUCACAAAUAUUUUUUUUUUUUCCAACUGGUUCAAGUCUUCAACUGAUUAAAGAUAAAAGCUGCACUACACUGUGAAAAUUUUCCAACAAAUUUUACUAUGGGUGCAUUGUAAUACCGGACCAUAAGAAAACUGGUACAAAAUUUACAAGUGUCCCAUAGCAAAAUGUAUGCGCAUAGGCCCCAAUCGUGUCGUCUGUGCAUACGUUUACUCUGGGACACUUGUAAAUUCUGUACUAGUUUUCUUAUGGUCCGGUGUUACAAUGCAGCCAUAGUAAAAUUUAAUAAGAAUUUUUCACAGUGUAUUAGAAAUUGCUUAAAAUUCGUAAAAUACAUCAGGAAAUGAAGUAAAAGAAAAUAUAAUGUUUAUAAUGUCUCAUUUUCUAAAACAUAUUAUACUUGCUGAAAACUUUCAAGAUGUUACAUUAAAAAAUUAAGAACCAUA